UUGGGGUUAGGUGGCGAUGGAAAGGAAGGUCCUCCCGAGCCGAGAGAUUCCCCACUAACUGGACGCAAUCCUUUCCUCGCAGCUUUUAAAGGAAGCGGGUUCGGUUUGGGGUGAUAUUUUUUGGGGGUGUGUGCACAACCUACCAUGGCCACAUCUGGGAGGAUCAGUUUUACAGUGAGGAGCAUUUUGGAUUUACCAGAGCAGGAUGCUAAUAGCAUAAAGCAAGCCUCUGACCAUCGCCACUCAGCGGAGAACUACACCGGCUCGCCGUAUCGAGGGUGGAUAGAAACAGACAGAAGUCACUAUCCCUCUUCCGACGAGAGCGGCCCGGAGAUGAGCUUGCCCGACUCCACCCAAAGGUCGCUCCCCGCCCGCGGCUCGGAGGCCGAGGAGAAGAAGAAGAAGCGGCGGGUGCUCUUCUCCAAGGCGCAGACGCUGGAGCUGGAGCGGCGGUUCCGGCAGCAGAGGUACCUGUCGGCGCCGGAGCGGGAGCAGCUGGCCCGGCUGCUCAGCCUCACCCCCACGCAGGUGAAGAUCUGGUUCCAGAACCACCGCUACAAGAUGAAGCGGGCGCGAAGCGAGGGCCCGGGCAGCCCGCAGCCGCGCCCGCCCGCAAUGCUGCGCCGGGUGGUGGUGCCGGUGCUGGUGCGGGACGGGGAGCCCUGCCGCGGCUGCCCCGCUAGCCCGCCGGCUCCCGCGGCGCGCCCCAAGCUGGGCUGCGCCCUGGCGGGGUGCAGUGCCCAGGCCGCCCUCGCCCUGCAGGGCUACCGAGCCUGCCCGCCCGCCGCCGCCCUCGGCGUCUUCCCCGCGUACCAGCACUUAGCGCACCCGGCCGUGGUCUCCUGGGGAUGGUGACACCGGCGCUCAGCCCUCCGGGGCCGGACUCAUCCCACG